AUGCAUCGCAACUACAAAGAUAGGUCGCAGCACUUUACGAUGCGUUCAUUCCUGCACAAGAUGGAAACUCGCCGUCUCCACAACAGCGACAUGAAAAGGCUUGUCCGCAUCCUCCGAAAUGUGCCCGCUUCCAAAGAAGAGCAUUACGAGCACAAGGAGACGCUGUACCGUGAACAUACCAAGGCGGCCAUCCAACGUCUUCCCAGUCGUCUACACUCCUCGCGGCUCUCUUUUGGUCCCACAAACCUGUGCUCGAUACACAAAUGUCUAAACCAAAACCUGCUCAACGACAUAUGGGGAUGGAUACGCCACGAACUCGACGGUGCCAUUGGCAAGUUCCUUUAUCCACUUGUCAUGUCUCAUGGCCUUCUAACAGCCGACCAGAAGUCCCAAGUCCGCAAACUAGAACCAGUGUUACAAAUGUGGCAAACCAGUUUCAACGUCGAAGCAUCCGCUCCGCCGGGUCAUGAGCCAAUUCAGUGUGGAUCAAAAUGGCAUUACCAACAAAAUCAAUGCCCAGCAUGCAUGAUGGCACGAAUAGGCUCCGACGAAGAUGUUCUCUUUGCGUUGUUUGUGGGUAUGAUUGGGCGCUUCAACACCAAGACGUUCACCACGCUGGACGCCCUUUGUAGCGUCGCUGGUUGGGAUAGCAUGAAGAGCAAGCGUCUUAGAUUCGUGCGUUAUUGGGUCCGGAAAACAGGUGGAGAUGCUACAUUGCUUAGAGCGGGUGAUCUGGGCUUGGAGCUUAAACGCCUUCGCGUACAGUGGAAGCGUGAGCAACGCCGCCAACUUCGCUCGCUUUCUCAUGUAAAGUCGCAGAGAAUUUCUAAUCAUCCGACGUUGGAACAAAGGCCGUCGAAGGCGACUGGGCCUAUUCACAGACGCCCUCUUGGUCGUACAGCUAUGAUUAGCACUGCAGAUUCACAGCGAUCUCACGAACUGGCCGUUCCGAAACUGUUCAAUCCUAAACUUGGGCCCAAUCCUCGACCCCCGGAUAUAAAGCGUCUAUCGCCGGCGGAAAAUCUGGGGUUUGAACUACCUAGUAUGCGUGAGCGAACGUAUACAAUACCUGACGACCAGCAAGAUAUUCACCCAGCUCUGAGAGAACGCCCUGUGUCCGUACUUGUUCGUUCACCAACAAAUGCUUCGAAGCGUUCUAACGAAUCAAGAGGUUCAGAUGCUUCAGAUGACACCAUCAAUCCCGAUGAUAGCAUGAGCGUCAUUGCCCCUUGCCCAGACCUGCUUCACCCGGCACCCGCUCAAAUCUCUCGGCGACCUUUGCUGAUACCAAGAUCCGUAAAUACUCAUCAUCGUGCGGAUUCUGUCCUCGACACUGCCCCUUCGAUGAUGUCUCAGGCCUCGACCAAGCUAUACGCCCCUUCUAUCGCAACAACCCGCACAAUCGCCUCCUGCAACGGUGGCCCAUCCUCUCGUGCCAACUAUGUUGAUCCCCUUGACAAUCCAAUCUAUAACUACAUUGAGACGCAAGAAGAGCGCAUUGAAAAGUAUCGCAGGCUCCUGGCUACUCGCCCCGAUUCUGACCCCUUCUCCGAGUACGAGUACAACGCUAUGGCGCUGCCAAAACCGCAGCGACAGUCUAUGUACUCUGCUUUUGGAGACGCGGCUUUUGACGUUGCGCGAUGGGAUAGCAUUGACGAGCAGGUUACGGAGGAUGAGAUUGAAGAUUGGGAGAAAGACGAGCCUGAUGAAGAUGAUGAGACAGUCCACGAAGUUGAAGUGGAUGGAGACGUAAGGCUAGAUAAGAGAAAGUAUCGGAGGAAUAGCGACGCAAGUGUUCGUUCUGAUAAUACGUACUGA